CCACAACUAGCACAAAAGUACCUCUAUUUAAGACACACUUACUUUUGGCACAUCCUCCCAUAACUUUCUGUUUAUCCAACACAUUUUCUUCAUUUCUUCAGAGGUCACAAACUAUGUGAAGAAACUGAAAAAAAAUGCUGACUGCUGGAUUCAUUUUACUCCUUUGUCCACUUCAUCUUGUCAAAACGCAAACAGAUUUUCAGUCAAACGACAGUCUGGUUUUUGCUAAAGAAGGAGACAGUGUGAACAUUAGUUGCAUUUAUGAAAGCGAUAUGGCCAUGCACUUCUCAUGGUACAAACACAACCUUGGUCAGAAGCCUAAACUCAUCUCUAAUUUCUACAAAUAUGACAAAAAGGCCACAUUCCAUCAUGAAUUCAAGAAUAAUGCUCGUUUUAGCAUGGUGAAUGAGAAAGGCAAAACUAAUCUAGAAAUUAAAGGGUUAGAGCUCUCAGACUCGGCCACAUAUUUCUGUGGAAGUGCUCAUUCCAACAUAGUGGAGUUUGGGGAAGGAACCGAGCUGGUAGUACAAGCUUCACAGCACAGUCUUUCUGUGCUCCAGCAGCCUGUGCAUGAGCUGGCUCAUCCUGGAGGCUCUGUGACUCUGCAUUGUACAGUCAUCACUGAUCGCUGUGCAGGAGAACACAGUGUGUACUGGUUCAGACAUAACUCAGGAGAAUCUCAUCCAGCAGUCAUUUACACUCACGGAGACAGCAAUGGUCGGUGUAAGAAGAACCCUAAAGCUGGUUCUCUUACACGGAUGUGUGUGUACAGUCUGCCCAAGACAAACCUCAGUACCUCUGAUGUUGGAACUUAUCACUGUGCUGUAGCUGCAUGUGGACAGAUACUGUUUGGGAAUGGAACUAAGCUGGAUAUGAUUACAGGUCUGGUUUGCUUUGAAAACCUUCAAACCUUGGUGCUUUUUUCGAUUGUAAGAAGUGUUGUUCUUUUGUGUUGUGUUAUUCUAAUUAUGAUAUACUUUUGUUGGAGCGAAAAAGCAAAGUGUUCUGUUAGAAGGACUACCAAGAAGAAAAAAAAUCUUGCCCAAUUAGAAAAAUAGAAUAGCUGCAGAUUAAUUGCUUAGUGGCAAUUUUUCAACCAAAUUUUAAAGCACUAAAUUAGUUGAUAAAUACAGUAUAUGUUCAUUGUUCAUGUGCAUUUUGUCUUGUCAAUACAAUGCCAACAAAAUUGAUUGGAAUAAAAAACUACCUAACCA